CAACAGCCAGUUGAUUCAAAGCGGAGCGAUUCGUGGAUUCGUUGUCAUCGUGUCGUCGUCGUUUUUGUCGUUGAUUUCCGUUUGUGCAUGCAGAUAAAGCCAGGUCUUGACUAGAAUCUCGACUAGGCCCAAAAUCGAAACCGAAAAACCGAACUCGGCUAAUGGAAGAUAAACAAACAAACAGAGCCCGAAUUUUGUUUGCCGCGCAUUGAAAAAAAUCUAAAACGUUGCCAGCAAAUCUUGGUGUUAUAAAAAUGAGUAUUACAUAAAAAACAAAGAUAUAUCAGUGCGGUUAUUAAAUACAAAAUCGUUAUCAAACCAGUUGAAGAAAGUCAACUAGAAAGUGCAAGAAAAUUUGUAACAAAACCGAGCGAAAACAAAAGUAUCUGGGUGCAAGCGCAUUAAAGUGAUUUUCUCAGCGUGUGCUUCUUGGGAUAAGCGAAAAGCCAGCAAAAUUUACUGCUUUGGAAACUCCGCUUUCAACAUAAACACCAUCGCCGAUACCGUUCCCGAAACGGGCAGCACCGUCGACAUCAACCCCCUCAGCGGCAGCACCCACCUACAGAUUCAGCACCACCAGGCUCAGCACCACCCCCAAAACAGUGCGAGAAUGCUGUUCGAGAAUCCGGCGGUUGCGGCCAAGUUGCCCUUUCCGUACAACGUGCCCCCGCCUCUGCAGGCAGCGGCGGCAGCAGCGGCGGCUGUCCCAAAUCUAAGGUUUCAGACACCCAUUAAAGCGUUUGCCUGCCUGACAGCAGCCACAAGGUCAGUAUCGGAGAUGAACGCCACUUCUCUAUAUGCCGGCAAUCCCAUGGAGAACGCGGCCGCAGCCGCCGCCGCCGCAGCAGCGGGCUUGAUAGAUCCACACCACAACCGGGACCUGCACCAGGCCCUGGUGGCUUCCAUAGCCAACAAUGGGGUGGCCGCCAUUGGCGGUGGCCUGACCACAGCGGCGGUGCUGAAGAGUGCCGCCCAGCAGCAGCAGCAGCAGCAGUCACAGCAACAACCGGCGUUGGUGCAACAGAGCCAGAACUCGGUGGUCGUCUCAUCUGGCCAGGAUCAGCCCAAGCAGGAGCAGGCCCAACAGGCAGCCCUGGCUCUGCUCAAGGAGAAUGUGAAUGCCUCGGCUGGCGGGGGACAGAACAAUGGCCAGGCCGCCAUGGGGGGCAGCAACAAGAGCGGCUCCUCCGGCAGAUCCACGCCCAGCCUGAGCGGCGGCAGUGGCUCCGACCCGGCACCGGGCAAACUCUUUGUCGGCGGCCUCAGCUGGCAGACGUCGUCGGACAAGCUCAAGGAAUACUUCAACAUGUUCGGCACCGUCACCGAUGUGCUCAUCAUGAAGGAUCCCGUCACCCAGCGCAGUCGUGGCUUUGGUUUCAUCACAUUCCAAGAACCCUGCACCGUGGAGAAGGUGCUCAAGGUGCCCAUUCACACACUCGAUGGCAAGAAGAUCGAUCCCAAGCACGCCACCCCAAAGAACCGACCUCGCCAGGCCAACAAGACCAAGAAGAUCUUCGUGGGCGGCGUCUCGCAGGACACCUCCGCCGAGGAGGUCAAGGCCUACUUCAGCCAGUUCGGCCCCGUCGAGGAGACGGUCAUGCUGAUGGACCAGCAGACGAAGCGCCACCGCGGCUUCGGAUUCGUCACCUUCGAGAACGAAGAUGUGGUUGAUCGCGUCUGCGAGAUCCACUUCCACACCAUCAAGAACAAGAAGGUCGAGUGCAAGAAGGCCCAGCCCAAGGAGGCGGUCACCCCGGCUGCCCAGCUCCUCCAGAAGCGCAUAAUGCUGGGCACCCUCGGCGUGCAGUUGCCCACAACUCCGGGCCAGCUGAUUGGAGCCCGCGGCGCAGGCGUUGCCACCAUGAACCCUCUGGCCAUGCUCCAGAAUCCCACACAGCUGCUGCAAUCGCCGGCAGCCGCCGCCGCCGCCCAGCAGGCCGCCCUCAUAUCACAGAAUCCGUUUCAAGUACAAAACGCCGCCGCAGCAGCCUCGAUGGCCAAUCAAGCGGGUUUCGGCAAGCUGUUGACCACAUAUCCGCAGACCGCACUGCACAGCGUCAGGUAUGCACCCUACUCGAUCCCCGCCAGCGCCGCCACUGCCAACGCUGCCCUGAUGCAGGCCCAUCAGGCGCAGAGUGUGGCCGCCGCUGCCCAUCAUCAGCAGCAACAGCAACAGCAUCACCACCAGCAGCAGACCCACAAUGCCCAUGUGGCCGCCGCCCAGCAGCAGCAACAGAGCCACGCCGUCUCCAACUCCGCCACGCAGGCGCACUCGGCAGCGGCGGCUGCCGCCCUGGCGGCCAAUGCCGCGACUGGAGCCGGAGCAGCUGGUGCCCACAGCCUAGCCGCUGCCGCCCAGCAGGCGGGCUUGAUGGCCGGCAAUCCCCUGAAUGCCGCUGCUGCUGCCGCCGCCGCUGCUGCCAAUCCGGCGGCCGCCUACCAAAACUAUGCCCUGGCCAAUGUGGACAUGUCCAGCUUCCAGGGCGUCGAUUGGAGCACCAUGUACGGCAUGGGCAUGUACGUCUAAGACGCGGGUUUUGUUUGGUAAUUUGAAUGAAACACUCACUCACCUUACAUCAUACUCCACCACCAUCCCACAAACCACACCCACUCUCAUGUGAAACACCACCACCCCUAGUUGUAGUUCCAUACGAAAUCCACAUGGCCCCCAUCCAUAAAUAUUCAUAGAACCACACAAAACACUCUCAUACGAAGUUGGUUUUCCUUUGAGUUUGGCUUAGUUAGUAGUCCGCAACACGGAAGGCAAAUUAAGUAUUAUAUUUAAGGCGCCCUCGGGCGAGUUCAAUAAAUACUAACUAAUAUAUAUAUACAUAUAAAAAAACAUAAGCAAUAUAAGCAACAAACAACAAAAAAAGCAAAGCGAAAUCGAGGAAAAACAAAAUUCAAAACCAAAAAGAAGAAUUACGGAGCGAUAGAGAAGCAAAAGAAGGAAAACACAUUAAAAACCACCGAUUGUGAUUGCGUUUAAAUGUAGCCGUUAAUAUAUAAUUUUUAGUGCAUAAAAAACCAUUAAACCUAAUCCUAAAUUAAAUAAAUAAACGUAAAAACUAAAAGUAAAUAUAUAUAUAAAUACAUAUUUAUGAAAAGCAAGAGCAAGGAAUGAAUCUUAUGAGUUGACUCACGCUCGUCUAACCCAGAAUGGCGCUCAUUAUUGGAAAAUCGAAGAAUUCUUUAUUUUUUGUAGCCCCAAACUCAACUGAAAUCAAUGAGAAACUACUCCUGCAAGGGCAGUAUUAAUUAAUCGAAUGAAACUGCAAAAGAAAACGUUUUGCUCAAGACAAAGAGUUAUUGAUUAAUGUUUAAAAACCAAGCUAACCAACUAAAGCGAUGAGACCCCAAAUGAAACUACUAUUUUAGAGGUUUAAUUGAGUUCGAAUUUAAUUCACCCAGCAUAGAUUACAACAGCAGAGUUAACCAAUCACCAACGAACAUCACCAACUCACUUACACAAAAACCCAAAAACCCUCAUCCCCUUUAACUUCUAUCUCCCUAACUCUGUUCUUUGUACUUAAUAAUAUAACAUAAAACUACAAAUACCACAACGAACAAACCAAAUUUCUGUUGUGUUUUGUGUGUGCGACUCUUAUUUGAUUUAGUAUUAGAACUAGUUUUGUCUCCACUCAAUCUCAACCAUUUGUAGCAAGUAACUCAGUAACAUUUGUUGAAUAUUUUGGCAUUUGCAUAGUACUAUUAUUUUAAUUUCGACCGACAGAACGGCUUCUUUUAUACAUUGUAAGACAUUCAAGUGAGAACGAGUCCUUAGGGCAGUGUACUAAUCUUUUAGAUUUUGAACCCCCUCUUUCCAAUUCGUAUUUCAUUUGCAUAACCAUCCAAGCAACUCAUGAACCAGGUAACAUUACUUUACUGUAGCUUAUUGUUUUAAAUGGCACAAUCUUAGUUCUUAAUAUUAUUUUGUAAUUACCCUUAUCUGUAGCAUUUGCAUUUGAUUUUGCAUUCGACAAAUACUUCACCCAUUGAAAUACCAGGAAAAAACAAAUCGAAAUAAGAAGGAAACGGGAGCAGAAGCUCCUGGUUAGUUAUGUAUUUGUCUCAUUGAACGGCUUGCAUGUUUGAAGUUUAGUUUUAAUUACUAGUUAUCAUUUGGAAAGUAAUAUUUUGCGUAUGUAAAUAUUUAGUUUAUAUACAUUACACACCUACACACACACAUUAUAUGGAAAACAAUGAAACAUUUGAAGUAAUUUUUGUGUUUAAUAAAAACCAACGAACAAAACAACAAACAACUUUGCCACGUGAGCAAACAUUUGUGUUUUCUUAUGAUUUGAUUAACUUGACUGUAAAUACUUGACCACAUUAUACUGUAUCUUUUGAUUUGAUUUGAUUUAAAGUCGUAAACCACACUCUGUAUCUGUUGUUGUGCUGUGCUGUCUUUCUCUCUAUUUAUCUGCUCCUCUCACCCAUGUGUAGAACUUAUUACAUUUCGAUGCAUUUGCCAGUACCAAAAAGUUAACGAUUGUGUGCGAUUGUGGAGAAUUGUUUUUAAUUCCUGUAGAUUGUCGCCUCGAGGGGUGAGUAUUAUGAUGUAAUAUCGUUUCGUAUACCAAAGAUUUUGCAUAUUAACCCGAAAUUCAUUUCACAUUUGCUGGGCUGCUGAAUUCGAGGCUCGAGUCCCCCAUUUAUCCAUGUGCAGAAACUAAUUUAUUUAUUUAUUGUUAACGCUUAAGACUCUAACACAUUCCACACGUGCUAUGGUGCCAUUUACUUAUCAAUAUUAAUAUUUAUAAUUUUUCCAACUCUUCUGUCAGAUCUCGAUCUCAGAACAAUUGCUUUUAGCAUAAGAUUGAUUUUACCCUGCCAAUCCAAGAAGAAUACGAAAAAUUCCUUUUUACCACAUACACACUUUUUGUUCUAUCGACAUAAUUUAUAAAAAAAAACAAAACCAAAUAAAAAUAUUUAUAUUUGAUUACUGCAUUUUCCAUUUAUUUAUAUUAGCCUAAUAAGCAAGAAGUCAAAAAAUGCUCUCAUAGUUGCCUAUGUUUAUUGUAAUACUUUGAGAAUAAUUUACAAAUUUUUGGUUACUUUUCCGUAUGCUUCAACAUUAAGUCGGAGCGACAAAAAGUCGGCCCAUUACUUAGUUAUUCGUAUUGUAACAGUUGCAACAGUCUGAAUUCGAUAAAAACAACAAUAUGUCUCUUAUAUCCAACGAAAUGUUUUGUUUUCCAUACUCGUACCAAAGAUAUAUACCCAAAGUAGUAGCUUGCUGAUUUUGAUACUUAGUAACCAGAUCGAACAUACUUAAAUAGCGCUCUCUAUAAAUAUAUACAUAUACAUAUAUCUAUUUUUUGAGUACCAAUAUUAAUAGUAAAACUAAAUUGCUCAAAAUGGAGGGCUGGUUGAUGUGUUUUGCUAAGAAUUCAGAAAUACAAGGGAAUCCAAAAAACACCGAAUUGAAACUGAAAUAUUUGUUUUUAAAUUUUAAUUUAAUUUUAAAAACAUUCAAUUAAAUAUUUUAAUAUUCUUUUUUGAAAAUAGGAGUAAAAAGAAAACUGCAUUUCAGCCAGCCCCAAACCUUCAUACAUUUUACAAAUAGAAUCUGUAUUUUUGACUUGUUUUCGUGUGGUAUAGCGUCAUCAAGAUAGUCGGUUUUCCAUCAUUAUUUAUCUGCCCAAAAACUACAUGAAGAACUUGCUGUACUAUAGAACCAACAUUACACACUGCGAAUUGGAGUUUAUCAUUUCGUUUGACUUGUAGGUUGACAACCAACUUAUUGAAAUACAAGAUACUUAGAUAAACCUAGUUAUUUAUUCCUAUAUUAUAGUUAUAUACACACAUCUAUGAAAAACGCAUGACGAAACAUGUACAGUAGUCAAUUGAGUAACAUCCCUAUAUAUACAACGGCAAUCUCCGAGAUUACGCAGAGACAACCCCAUAUCAUCUGUCACAGUUGUACCCCGAGUCAAGAUCCCGAAAGUCCCACAUUAGCAAGACAUUAGCAUUAACUACGUACAUACUACCUACAUCAUACACACAUACAUCAUAUGACAAUAAGAUCAACUGUGUUUCAGCAUUCAAGUGUCAGUAUUCGUAAACCAAAUUACCUAACAAACUUAUACUAUGUAAUCGACAAGGAAACCAAUCCUAGGGAACCUUUUGGAUUUCGGAUGCGGAUUGAGCGGCGUUUUUAGAAAUUGGAAUAGUUCGGUUAGGAUAGCGUUUGAAACAAGUUCUCCCGAGCAACUCAAGUGGCGAAAACUUUAUAGAUAUUUACAUGCAUACAUAUAUACAGAUAGAUACAGAUACAUAUAUAUACAUACGAUGAUAUUUAGCAAGACCGUGAUAUAUUCAAUUAGUAAAACAAAACAAAAAAUUAUAUAUUAUAUGUAUAUAUCAAUUAUAUAUUGAGGCGUCUCUCGAAAUGUGUCAAAUUGCAUACUAAGAGUAGAAUUUUUGGUAUACCCAGGAAAACCCUGGGAAAAACAAAGUAAACAUUUCAUCAACUGUUGUUGUGAAGGCUACAAAACCACGCAUAUCACUUUGAUGGUGUCAGAACCCAGAGUUUUCGAGUUUUACCCAAGAAAACCAAAUCGAAAGUUAAACUGAAUUUGUGAAAAGAGGUUUGCUGAAGAACUCCGCAGAGAAUCUUUUUAACCAAUCAACAAAGACAUGAAAACAGCGCAAGAAACUGGAUUUCAUUUUGGAUAUGUAUGGUUUUAGAUGACCGACUUCGAGGCAUCCAAUAAAGUAUUGUUGAUUUGAGUGACUAAUGAGGACCAAAUUUUUAGCGAAAUUCAGAAAUCAGGUUAAUAGAUCCUAACGAGAAGGUUAAAAUCAUGCCCGAAUGGAACUAGUUUAAUUAGACCCCUAUUAUUUAAUGACCUGGCAUUUUUUGGCUUCUUGCUUAUUGUUUGGCGUUGUUAUAUUUUCCUUAUCAACAAAGCGCUAUGAAUAACACCGACACUAAAACAACCAACACACCCCACACACACCCUCAACAAGCUAGUCAAUUGAUGUGCAUGGGCACAAGCUAAUUCUUUAUGAACGAAUGCAAAAAGUGGUAAGUAAGCAGUGAACAACCAACAAUAAUGUGUAAGGGAAAAUUCAAACCAAAAAUCGAACGUACACAAUAAAGUCUAAAAGCAAUUAUUUCCCCUGACUAACCCUGGGAAAUAUAAAAACAACAAAACAUAUAAAUCACAUUAAAAAUGCUCUAAGAAACGUUUAAUUUAAUUUAUUGAGAAUUAGUUGGUAAGCCUAAGAUUAAGUCCAAGUGUUAAAUAAUUUCGAAGCAAUGCGUACAAAAGUAUUCACGAGAUACUUUUACGAACCAGCUAUAUAUUUAUCAAUUGCUAAAAUUAUAUUUAAAUGCGUAACAUAUUAUUAAGAAACCGUGAAUGGCUACUUUUGCUCAUUUCAGAUGCUUAACGAAAUGCUAAAAUCAAAGACAAGACAAGUCGUAUUCAAACCUAAUUUAAGUGUUAAGCAAGAAAAAUUCAAAUAUACUACAAAAAAAAAGCAUAAAAAACAAACCAAAAAAAAUAUAUACAAUAUAUGUAUAUUUAAAAAAGAACAUGUUUUCUUAUAUAGCAAGGAAGGAUGAUUACUUUAACUGGCUCGUAACAUAUCAAUUCUACUGAGCUGUAUUUUGAAAGGGAAUGCAAAGAAAAACGAACGAAUUCAACACCAAGUUCAAUUGAUACAACCGUGGUUUUUUUAUUAGGGCUAAAUACAAUAAAAGUCGUGAAGAAAACACUCAAAAACUGAGGUGAGUAAAAUCGCUAACCAAAUUUUAGCAGAAAGCCUUGCUAAGACUUUCCUAAUCGAAAACAUAACUUAGACUCGUCUUCCAGCAACUAAUUGAAAUGAAAAAAGUUCUUACACCAAUAGUGACAACGGGAGAAGGAAAUUUUAGGGAUAAUAAAGAUCAGUUAUGUUUUGUCCAGAACCCCCGAUGAUUUCGAAAACCACUCCAAGGGGCGGACCGAGCUCAGCUUUUGGCUAUACUUGUUACACGUAAUCAAUCAGUACAAUUUUUGCAACGAGGAAUUUUAAACGAAAGGCGACCAUUCGAAGGAGAAAUGGCGCAGAACCUUGUUUUGAGUUUUGAUUUCAGGUUCUCCCGCUUGAAAAGGUUCCAAACACACAGAUCGUUUCAACCCCUAACAAAAAUAGCAGACGGGCGGAAAGCUCCCCUCACUAACUGUUGUAAAUUUGUUUCUCCAAAGAUUGGAAUGAAGGUCAAGGAAAGUUGAAAAACAAACUAUAUAAACGAUAAGCAAGUGCAUUAUAUUGAACGAUUUGGUAAACAAUACGAAGGCUAGCGAUAAGUUUUCAUAUAUAUAUAUAUAAAAACGAUAUAACUUUUAGGCCAUAAGCAAACCAGUAUGAAACCCCUCGAAUUGAGUUUGGCUUGGGCUCAGAAUCGUAUCCAUAGAUCGGAAAGUAUGCAUAGAUCAGUUCGAUUGUAACAGCCAAGCUUAAGUGCAUUUCUUUACGAAAUGCUUAUUAUUUGUUUAGCCUGUAACGAGAAAUGGAUAUAUUAUAUACACAACACCCUGUAUCUUGUACUUGUAACAUGUAACUGCUGUCGCUCUACUUCUCGCUCUAUACUUGUAGCGAUGUUUAGACACUAACAUAUAUACUGAAACCCCAUAUAUAUAAUUCUUUCGAUAUAUACAAAGGACAUGUAAACGGUAUUUACUCUUUUAGCCCAAAGUACCCCAAAUCCAAGCCGAGAAAAAUCAAACAAAUUGCUGACGAAAAUAUAAUGUGAACCCUUUGUGUAAUUUUCCUAUUGAAAAACUUCUUGGCAUAAACCCUUUUUGAAUUGAAUUGAAAUGAAUAAACGAAAUGUGAAAGAAAA